AUGAGUUUAAAAUGGGUUGGAGCUUUAUGGGAUCCAUCAGCUAAAAUUUCAACACGAGCAUCACUUGUUGUAUUGUCAGAUGUUUUAGGAGAUGGAGAUUAUAAACUUUUACUUGUUGAUAUGAGUCAAAAUUUACCAAAAUUAAAAAUGUUUAAAGGAAUUAAUCCUGUAGCUGAAUCUGCUUUAACAAGUCAUCCUACAGGUCUAGUUUCAUUUUACAAUAGUAUGACAAAUCCACCAACACCAUGUAUUGGAUUAUCAACUGGGAAUAGUGUAUUAAUUUAUAGAAGUCUUAAACCUUUUUAUAAAUUUACACUUCCCUCUCAAGAAAUAAAUUCUAUAGAGGAAGCAUUAUGGAAUGGUAUUAGAGAAAAAAAUAUUACAGUGGAACAAUUUAUUGAAGGUAUUGAACGAUUACGAGAAACAAUACCAUUUGAUGAAUUAACACCUCAAACACAAAAAUUAUAUCUUUUAGAUGAUAUUGAAGAUAAAAGAUUAUAUGCUGAAAGUCAAGUAAAAAACCCAUUAACUUUUCAUUCAAUUAUUACAUGUUUACAAACAAUUAAACAAAAUGGUACAGAUGAUACUGACAUUGAUGUAUUGAUAAUCGGAACAGAGCACAAACAAAUUAUUUUUGUAGAUACACAAGCUUUUAUCGUUUUGAAAAUUAUUACAAUACCAGGGACACCUGCUCGUAUUCAAUGUGAUGGUGGAUAUGACAUUGAUUGUAAAUUAUUUAUUUUAACAAGAGAUAAUGAAGUAUAUUGCUUAAAAAAAGUUGGAGCUAUUUUUUCAUGUAAAUUAAUGAUAAACUUAAAAAAAACAUGUUCCUGGUUUAUAAAAGAUAAAAAUAAACUUGCUUUUUCAACAAUUGAUGAUAUAAUACAUAUUUAUUCUUUAAAAGGUAAAUAUUUAUAUGAAAUUAAACCAGAAGCACCUAUUAUUAAUAUAGAACCAUUUUAUUAUCAAUCAAAACAAUAUUGGGGAAUUUUAGUUGCUGUUAAAGGUGAAGUUAGAUUAUAUAUUGAAAAUGUUGUUGUUGAUAGAAUGAAAAUUGAUUCGGAUAUAUCAUGGAUUAAAUAUGGUAAAAUGGGAAGAGAAAAUGGUGUAUUAACAAUUGUUACAAGAAAUGGUGGUUUAAUGGUUAAAAUUUUUAGAAGAACAGCUACAUUAGAUGAGAUUGGUGGUAUAAAAUUACAAUCAACACCAAUUCAAAAAAUAGUUAUACCUAAAAAAACAAAGGCAUUUGUUAAUCAAAGUUUACGUGAAAGAGAAAAUCCAAUACAAAUGCAUAAAAUAUAUCAAAGAGAUUUAUUUAUGUUAAAACAUUAUAUAACAAAAAGUUAUGCUGAAUUACAAGGUUCACAUCUUGGAUCAGAAACAUAUACAAAAGAGUCAAAUAAUGUUGAGAUGAAUGUUGAAGUAAAUGGUUUUGGACCAGAAUUUAGAUUAAUUAUUAAUAUAACAUCAACAAAAAAAACUAUAAUUAAAAAUUUAGCAAUUAUUAUUUUGGGUAAUAAUGAAGAAUAUGCCAUUCAAAAUUGUAUUAUUCCAAUAUGUUCAUUAGUUCCUAAUUUUACACAUUCUUAUACAACAUUAAUAAAAUCAAUCUACCAAAACACUGGAUCUGGAAGUGAUAUAAAAAUUUUAUUAGUAGAUGCAAAUAAAAAUGAAUUAUUUAUUAGUGGUAAUAAAAAACAACAAAAUGAAGAAAAAAAUGGAACAAGACCCAUUACAACAACUGUUAUAACAAUGCCCGUUGAUGAGGGAGAUAUUUUAGAUUAA